AGAUGAACGUCCUGAGGAGCCUGGCGCAUGUUCAGAGGAAAGCUGAAGAGAAGCGAAGGAGAGACAAGGAGAGGCAAGCACUGCGGGUACAGGAGGGUCUUUCCAUUGCCCAAAGCAGAGCAUCUGCUCUUGACAGACCACUCCCUCAGACCUGUGGACAAGUCGUUCACAAUACCUAUUUGCACGAGGAAUCUGAACAUUGGAGGACUAGAGUCAGAGAAACAUUGGAGCAACUUCGACAAGAACGUACCUUCAUUCUAAGAUCAAAAGGUGAACGAAACAGGGCCAGUUUUAAGGAACUCUUGGACCCUGUGGAAACCAAGGACCUUACUGAUGGGAAGAAUCGGAGUGAACAUUCACAGGAGGUCGGACCCACAGAAAUUCACAUGACACAUUUCCACAACCCACUGUGCUGAAUGGUCUGUUUCAAGUAGGAUUUAGUUGGGGUCUGUGGUCAAAAGAUAGCAAGGAUGUUUCAGCAUCACCAGGACACUAGAUGACCCCAAAUACUCAACUACAGACUGAGGAAUGGAGUCGCAGGCCAAGCCACUUUCCACUGAUAAGGAAAUGUGUGCAGGUAGCCAGUCAGCAGAGCUUUUGACCCGCUAUCAUCCAAAACACCCAGCUCAUUUUCUGCCUCCUCCUCUCUUCAUGUCCUUCAAUUUCCCUGUGCCCACAACCCUAUCAAUGUCAGCCUUGAGUUUACUCACUGACUGUGCAUGUGGAACUCUCCUUGUUUAGAUGAUUCCAAGGAAUAUUUGAAUGGAAAAAAAAUUUCAUUAUCUCAUUCCUAAGUGGCCAGUCAGUUAUUUGCAAUCCCUAGUUCUGCACUUCACCCAAGCAUUUAACCAGUUAUCCUUUCAUCCAGUAAAACUGUAAUGGGUUUCACUGUAAUAUCUCUCAC